GUAGAUUGUAAAGAUAGUUCUGGUUACCGAUGGAGUAACUUAUGUAAUGCAUGUGCGGUAAACGUUUUCAACAAGAUUCUGGAAAAUGGACUAGUGGUAACGAUGAUAUGGACAGGUUUAUUCAAGAUGAGCAGUUACCAAUAAAAUUAGUCUUUAGACCUUCCAAGGGAAGUGGACUGGAUAAUACAGUGAUACCUUAUGGUAGUUUCUCUGAUAUUGAAUUUAUUGCAGAGGGGGAUACAACCGCAAUAUUUGUAUCUUCGUUACAGGGUUAG